AUGGGGAAGAAGAAGGAGCAGAGAGAAGCCCAGGGUGCUGCCGCGGAAUGGCUUCUUGCGCAGCUACGUGUUGGAGAUGCACGUUCAAAAGACCUCCAUGACGCUUUGCUUGAACUGCCGGGUUUACCUGCUUAUCACCCUGAAGGGCUGGCCUGGAGCUACAAGUCCGCUUCAAGCAGUGCAAGUCUGUGUCGCACCUUCCUGACGUCGUGGGUGAGUGAGGCCUGGGGAGCUCCGAGAGACCUUGCAGUGACUCUGAGAAAUAAAUCUUCAAAUCCCGAGUUCGUGCGGAAAGUGAUGGGAGAGGUUCUUCAAGGAUCGCACGACACGGAGCUGGAGCAAAAGUAUUCCGAGCUGUGCAGAUCUGCUGGAAGCCAGAAUGGUUCAAACACUGGGUCCAACAAGAGAAAGCGGAUGCAAGCCUUCGGACAGUCAUUCCAGUGCCCAGAAUGCGCUGAGAUCUUUCCGUGUGCUAGCUCCAAGUGGGGCAUCCUCCUGGAACACAUGCAGAAAGUCCACCCAGGAGCUACCAAGCCCAACCGCAAAGCCUGUCUCGUGGAUGUGGCUGCUGAUGGAACGGUGGCGCCAUCGGGCGAGAAGCAUGGGUAA